UACAACAAAAGCAGAAACUAUGUCCGAUAACUACUACGUCGACGAAUACGAGCACUUCAAUUACGAUUACGACAAGCACAUUUUCACCGGUCACGGUGGCAAACAACGAUCAAAACGCGAAGCCGACGCUCAUACCAAUCAUUUCGAUCCGAGCGGCCAUUCCAGAAAGAUCUUAACGAAGCUCAUGAAUUCCGAACAUAACAAAAGGCAACAAGGAAAGACCAAAGCGUAAAUAGAUUUUGGUCUCUCUUUAACACUGACCGCCGCACUUCCGUGGAAGUAUAAUCUCAUCUCAACUUCCAUCCGGAUAUACGGACUCUCAGCUAUAAAUAAAAACGUUGUCGACAAAUGCAUUUAUUCAUCGAUCAUGACUUCUCUCAUUCGCAAUAAAAUUAUUAAUAAGAUAGUGAUAUCGGAAUAGAUUUUCGAUUGAUAGCUUAUGACAUAAGUUUCUUUUUUCUUUCCUCUUAUUCGGACUACUCUCCUAGGAAAGAUAUAUUAUUAUUAGAUGAUGGAGUUUCUAUGGUAUGUCAAGAUCGUUGAUCAUGUUCGCGCUCGGAGUAGCGUAAACGAUCGACAUCGUUUGCGUACGUACCAUUGAUUCGUUCGUGAAAAAAAAAAGAAAAGGAAA